AUUUCAUUCAUCAUCCAACGAAGCGGCGUAAAGAAGACAAAAACGACGAGCAGUUUGUUCACUUUCCACGAUCCUUCCUUAUUUUACUUUGUUUCUCAUUUAAAACUGAUUGAAAAAGUUGUGUAUUUGCUGCUGCGAUACAUAAAAUACGCACAAAAGUAUAAACAAUAUUAGUGUUGUGAUUUAAAAGAAAUAUAAAGCAAUUGACGCACAAAGUUCGGAAGAACAACAAAAUUUGAAAAUAUGGAGAACCCAAAUGAAUUUCCUGCACCAUCUGGAUCAACUGAUUUUCCUGUUUUACCCCCGCCUCCGAACUCUGCCAGUACCAGCAAUAAUAAUCAGGCGCAAAAGCGAUUGCAACAAACCCAAGCCAAGGUUGAUGAAGUGGUCGGUAUUAUGCGUGUGAAUGUGGAGAAAGUGCUGGAGCGCGAUCAGAAACUCUCGGAGUUGGGCGAGCGCGCAGAUGCGCUGGAAGCUGGUGCCUCGCAAUUCGAACAGCAAGCUGGAAAAUUGAAGCGUAAACAAUGGUGGGCUAACAUGAAAAUGAUGAUCAUCAUGGGCGUGAUCGGUGUGAUUCUCUUAAUUAUCAUAAUCGUAUCCUUCCUGCCGUCCGGUGGUAGCAGCCCUGAACCGCAUAACCAAAUUCAAAAUCCAUCAACACCUUAAAAAGCUCAGACGAACGCAGUGGCCUUAUGAUGAUUCCUUGUUGUUUUGAUUGCAAGCAUUCAUUGGUGAUUUGCAAAAUGCACAAAAUGUACGCACACAAUCAAUUUAUGCAUUGGAUCGUUGUUAGAUUUUUUUAAAUAAUACAGCUCUAACUGAAUGUCUUUAAACAGUAUACAAAAAAAAAAAAUAUACAUAAAUGUAUGCCUUACAUAUACAACGGAUAUCUGAAUGAAAUUGUAAUUGAAAAUGUUAAGAAAAAGCAAAAAAAAAAGUAUUUGUUUGAUUUUUGUGUUUGUUUAAGUUUUGUAAUAUAAAAGCCGUUUGUCGUGCGCUUAAUAGUAAAAAACAAAAAGCAGAAAUCCAUUUGACAUGUUUACAUAUACAAUAUUAAAACGAUUUGUAAAACUAUAUAUAUAUACAUAUUGCUGUUAUAUAUUUAAUAUAUACAGAGUAAACACACAUACACAUAUAUACACGUAUAUUUACAUAAAUUACUUUACAUAUUGAUUUCUGCGUUUUCGAAGUAUUUACACUCUACAUACAGCGAGAGAGAGAAAAAUAAAAUCAACCAACAACAACUAUUUACAAAAUGUAAACUAUACACAUUACAAAAAAAAAAAAUAAAUAAAUAAAAUUAAGCAACAUUUUUGGAAAACAUUAAA